AGAAAUAUUAUAAUAUUUUGUUAUUAUUAAUUGGUUAGUCAAUCUGUAGACAUCAAUAAAAAUGUUUAAGACUAAAUUAUUAUAUUUAUUGGUAUUAAGUUUUGCUCUCAAAAACAUUUUAGCUCAACCCGAUAGUGCCCAUGUCGAUGAGGAACCUUCUCCUCAGACUCCCAAACAACAUUUGUUUAUGUUUAGUGUGGAGGGUUUCAAAAAUUUGACUUCAUUCUAUGUUAAUAAAGCUGCCAAUAUUAGUGAUAAAGUGUUAAAGGAUGCCACCUUUAAUGAUGCAGCAAAUGGUCAUAUUGUGCUGCAGAAAUUUAAACAAAAUUUAACGGAUUUUCUAAAUCGAUAUCAGAAACAUCAAGAAUUUGAAGAAUUAUUUGAAUUGGUAGAAUUAUAUUCAAAUACCACCUCGGAUUAUUAUGAAAUGACAAGGGAACAGUUGAACCCGGAUAUGGAGAUGAUAGUUAAUGUUUUAAGAAAGUACGGUUCCGAAAAAUUGGAUCAAGAUUUUAAAGUUAUGUAUGAACAAUUUGUUGAAGAUUUUAAGGUAGAAUUUCGGAAAGUUGAAAUGUAUUUAGACAAGAAUAUGUUGGAUUGGUUUGAACAAUUUAAGACUAUACAAGAGAUGAAUGCUAGAACAGAGGCUUUCGAGAAAUUUAUUAUGUUUUAUUUGUAGAUUUCUUUUAAUGUUAAAAUAAACUAAAUGGAUACAGAAA